UCAAAAACCAUUCAUGAGACAGUGUGUUUUCAAAAUGGCGGCAGCGAUGGAUGUGGAUACCCCCAGCGGCACCAACAGCGGCGCGGGCAAGAAGCGCUUUGAAGUGAAAAAGUGGAAUGUGGUAGCCCUCUGGGCCUGGGAUAUUGUAGUUGAUAACUGUGCCAUCUGCAGGAACCACAUUAUGGAUCUUUGCACUGAAUGUCAGGCCAACCAGGCGUCUGCUACUUCUGAAGAGUGUACUGUUGCGUGGGGAGUCUGUAAUCAUGCUUUUCAUUUCCACUGCAUCUCUCGAUGGCUCAAAACGAGGCAGGUGUGUCCAUUGGACGACAGAGAGUGGGAAUUCCAAAAGUAUGGGCACUAGAAAAGACGCUCCCUAAAACUUACCCAUGUGUUACUCGUGUAGCGACUUACCUUCCUGUUAAUUAUAAAUUAGAUAGAACUAUGGUUUUUUUUAUUUCUUUUGUCUUCGGUGUUUGCUGUUCCCACAGC